GUUUCCGGUGACGUGCGGUGUUUUAGGUGGAGGAGUUUAUAAGGAGAGUUCGGUUGUUCGGAAGAGGACACGGUUCACUGAGACUCUCCCGCUGUCUGUCGAGUCUCCACCCGGUGUCUGUCGAGGCUCCACCCGGUGUCUGUCGAGGCUCCACCCGUCCAGUCGACCGGUGAGGAGCCCCGGUUCUCCAGCGGGACACGGACAUGACUCGGCCGAGGAAGAAACCCACCGCUGGGUGUGAAGCAUGACGCUGUGCGGGGGGACACUGCUGGAAGACUACUACUGCUACAAGUACUACAAGUACUACAAGUACUACAAGUACUACUGCAGUGCUACAGAGUGCGACAGGAGGACGGUGUGACAUUUCUUCUCCCCAGCAGAGGAAGCAGGAGAACGGGCAGAAGAUGGGAGGAAGAGCGGAGCUGCUGGAGCUCGUGUGUCUGCUGCUGCUGAGUGGAGACUCGAUCUGUAGAGACUCUCCGCAGACCCAACACCUCGCCGCCUACCAGCUGACAGUCCCUCGGCCAAUAGGGGGCCGGCUGAGGCGGGAAGUGGACGGAAGACUGCCCAGUCAGGCGUCGUUCAUUGUCAGUGUGGAAGGAAACGAUCGCGUGGUUCAUCUGGAGAGAAACGAACUGCUGCUGCCUGCAGACUUCACUGUGUACUCCUACAGUCACAAUGGAUCAUUGAUCACAACCAGACCACCUGCACAGAACCACUGUCACUAUCAGGGCUUCGUUCAGGACAUGGCGGGUUCGUCUGUUGCUAUGAGCAUCUGCAACGGCCUCAGAGGAGUGUUACAUCUCACCGAUCACAGUUACGGUAUCGAGCCGUUAGACUCCGCCCCCGAACAACACCUGGUGUACCGCCUGCAGGAUGUGACAUCACAGCCCCGGGGGUGCGGUACGCCGCACGGUGAGCACGCCGCCCACAGCAACGCCACGGAGCACGCUCAGCACGAACCCGAGGACAAGAACCACACACAGCACAGCAGGGUGAAGCGAGCUGUUCUUCCUCGGACUCACCAUGUGGAGUUGCUGCUGGUGGUCGACAACGACAAGUAUAACUUCAUGAACAGGAACGACACAGCAGUGAGGGAGGAGAUGGUUCAUCUGGCCAACUUCAUCGACAGUAUGUACGUACAGCUGAACAUCCGUGUGGUUCUGGUCGGUCUGGAGAUCUGGACUCAGCAGAACCAGAUCAGCACUGAGGGAGGAGCUGGAGAAGUGCUGAGUCGCUUCACCCAGUGGAGAGAGAAGGAACUGGUUCCUCGCCGCCGCCACGACUCGGCACAACUCAUCCUGAGGAAGAGUUUCGGAGGAACAGCUGGGAUGGCCUUCGUCUCCACCGUCUGUUCCAGAAGUCAUGGAGGCGGGAUCAACGCUUUCGUCAAUAACAAUCUUCCCUCGUUCUCCUCCAUCGUGGCUCAUGAGCUUGGUCACAACUUGGGGAUGAACCACGAUGACGGACGCUCCUGCAGCUGCCCUGUGAACACAGGCUGCAUCAUGAACUCUGGAGCCACUGGGUCCAGGAACUUCAGCAGCUGUAGUGCCGAUGAUUUUGAGAAGUUGAUGUUGUUGACGGGCGGGACGUGUCUCCUGAACGUCCCGCGGCCUGACGAGGCGUACAGCGCCCCCUACUGUGGGAACAGACUGGUGGACGUGGGGGAGGAGUGUGACUGUGGAUCACAGAAGGAGUGUGAGGACGACCCCUGCUGUGAGUAUCAGACCUGUCGUCUGAAGUCUGGAGCUCAGUGUGCAUAUGGAGAAUGCUGCUACAACUGUCAGUACCUACCAGGAGGAUCAGUGUGUCGCUCCAGCACAGAUGAGUGUGAUCUGGCAGAAUAUUGUAACGGAUCCUCGACCUUCUGUCAGAGUGACGUCUUCGUCCAGAAUGGACAGCCCUGCAGGGACCAGCAGGCCUACUGUUACAAUGGGAAGUGUCAACACUAUGAUGGACAGUGUCAGGACAUAUUUGGAUCCAAGGCGAAGUCUGCUCCUGAAAUCUGUUUCAAAGACGUGAACAGUAAAGGCGAUCGCUUCGGAAACUGUGGCUACCACAACUACGGCUACAAGAAGUGUGAGACCAGAAACGCUCUGUGCGGGAAGCUGCAGUGCUCCAACGUUCAGGCGGUGACCGUGUUCGGCAUCGAACCGUCGAUCAUCAGCACGCCGAUAGCCGGCGGCAAAUGUUACGGAGUCGACUUCAUGCUGGGAUCAGACGUCCCUGAUCCAGGCAUGGUGAAUGAGGGCACCAAGUGUGGAGACAACAAGGUGUGUCUGAACUUCGAGUGUCGCAGCGCUGACGUCCUGAAAUACGACUGUGAUGUGGAGACGAAAUGUCACGGACACGGGGUGUGUAACAGCAACAGGAACUGUCACUGCGACGACGGCUGGGCUCCGCCUUUCUGUGAGGUCAAAGGUUACGGCGGCAGUGUGGACAGUGGACCCUUGUGGAAUGAUAAAGACUCUUCCGUCAGGGACGGUUUGCUCGUCUUCUUCUUCCUCGUCCUUCCUCUGCUCGCUCUGGGUGUGUUUGUUUUCCUGCGCAGGAACGAGCUGCUGCGACGCUUCGGGCUGAGUCGCAGGAAGAGGUCGCAGGGAUACCAAGCCGACGGUGCAGCUUCAGCCAAUCCCAGCAGAGGACCCCCUCCCAGAGCGCAGCCUCCACCUGUUGUCCGGGGCAACACCAGCAACAUCGUCAGAGACGGGGUGGUGCAGAGCAGCGGGACUUCUCCAUCCUACGCUCUGAGGCCUCCUCCUCUGAAACCGAAACCUUCAGCUGCAUCACAGCCUCUGGUGCCUCAGAGACCCGCCCCCGCUCCACCUGUGUGACCUAUCGGGGGCCCCCGCCCUCCGGAGGGCACCCUCAUCUUCAUCUUCUUCUUCUUCUUCAACCUCAGUCCCUGUUCCCUCAGAGCUGGUUACCUGGCAACAGCCAGACGAACUGGACCAUCAGGAAGCUGGACCCGGUCAGCAGCCGCUGCCCCCUACAGGCUGUCUUUGUCCUGUUUCUCUCUUCAAACAUCACAUUCAGUCACAGUCUCCUGUGACAUCAUCAUUCUUCAACAGCUGCUGUCUGGCUACUAGCUAGCUACAAACUUUUAGCUCAACAAGUUGGUCAAAAUAUUUGAAUAUUUCAGGCUUAUUGCUUCAGAACUGAGAAGCUUUUAAAUAUUAUUUAGCCAAAUACAUGAUACCAUGCUAACCCAUGCUCCUCUCUGAUUGGCUGGUUUGAAGAUGGAGAUCAUCAUCACUGGAGGCUUCUUUCUUUCUCUCUUUCUAUAAAUGAAAGCACUGGUGCCGUCUGACUGCACCUCCCGUCUGCUCAGCACUGUCAUAGGAAUGUAACACACCCACUGCUGCUGCAUGCUGCGCAGGUGCGCGUGGUCACCGCCACCCGUCCCCGCCCGGCGCCCCCUCUGUCAAGAAUUGUAGUAUCACAGUAUGCAAGAGUCCGGAGCUCCUCUGGGUUUCAGUGUCUUUGGAUCAGGAUGAGGAUCUGUGUGGUACGUCCAUGUCUGUGACUCUGCUGGAGUUUCUGCAGGAAAUGUACACUCACUUAUCCCAGAGGAAACUCUGACCUGUGACAUCUUCUGGAUUGAAUCUGCUCAGUGCGUCCACCACGAUCACACUGAGACGUAUUCCCGACCCGAUAAACACUCUGGGAAAACACAGGAAACCAGUUCAGGAAUCUAAAGCCAGACCAGGUUUUAUUUCUCAGCUGUUUUAGGAUGAAUUUCACUUUCUCUGUUUGGUUGUUAACCGUGUUAAAGAAUCUCAACCAGUC